GUCACGUGCGCCUGCGCAGUGGCACAGAGCUUUGUUAUUUCAGUAUGGCGCUGAGUAAAACGUUUGGACAAAAACCGGUAAAAUUUCAGCUCGAGGAGGAUGGAGACUAUUACAUGAUCGGAUCGGAGGUGGGAAACUACCUUCGCAUGUUUAGAGGCUCCUUGUAUAAAAGGUACCCGUCAUUAUGGAGAAAACUGGCGUCGGUAGAAGAACGAAAGAAAAUCGUGGAGUCAUCACACGAUCAUGGCUACACUCAGCUGGCCACCAGCGUGACCCUGCUGAAGGCUUCUGAGGUCGAGGAGAUUCUUGAAGGAAAUGACGAAAAGUACAAAGCGGUUUCUAUCAGCACUGAGCCCCCUGCCUACCUCAGGGAACAGAAGGCAAAGAGGAACAGUCAGUGGGUUCCCACGCUGCCCAACAGUUCCCAUCAUCUGGACGCCGUGCCCUGCUCCACCACCAUCAACCGCAGCCGACUGGGCCGGGACAAGAAGAGGACCUUCCCCCUGUGCUUUGAUGACCAUGAUCCAGCAGUGAUCCAUGAAAAUGCCACUCAGUCCGAAGUCCUCGUUCCAAUCCGCUUGGACAUGGAGAUUGAGGGGCAGAAGCUCAGGGAUGCGUUCACCUGGAAUAUGAACGAGAAGCUCAUUUCACCCGAGAUGUUCGCUGAGAUCCUGUGUGACGACUUGGACCUCAACCCGCUGGCCUUCGUCCCCGCCAUCGCCUCCGCCAUUCGACAGCAGAUCGAGUCUUAUCCGACAGACAGCCUCCUGGAGGACCAGACGGACCAGAGGGUGAUCAUCAAGCUUAACAUCCACGUUGGGAACAUCUCUCUGGUGGACCAGUUUGAGUGGGACAUGUCUGAGAGGGAGAACUCUCCAGAGAAGUUUGCCCUGAAGCUUUGCUCUGAGCUCGGCCUCGGCGGGGAGUUUGUCACCACCAUCGCCUACAGCAUCCGCGGUCAGCUGAGCUGGCACCAGAGGACGUACGCCUUCAGUGAAAACCCUCUGCCCACAGUGGAGAUAGCAAUCAGAAACACAGGUGAUGCUGACCAGUGGUGCCCCCUGCUGGAGACGCUGACAGACGCAGAGAUGGAGAAGAAGAUCAGAGACCAGGACAGAAACACAAGGCGAAUGAGGCGACUCGCGAACACGGCUCCUGCGUGGUAAACAAAGCAGCACUGGAACGCCUACCGCAACGGCGCUCAUACCAUCGCGGUAUGACAUCAUCUCGGUUUGCAACAUCAGCCAUGAAGAAGCUCCUCCGUCACAGGAUGGAGGGUUUUCCUGCUCUGCCUGGACCUCCGUCAGCUGUUCCCCAUGUUGUUGUUAUUUUUUAUGAUUAAUAUUGAUAUUCUGUUCAGUUUGGCAAAGACCCUGGUAGGAAAUUCGCCUCCUUUGUGUUUCCCUUUGACACUCAGCGUGGAGAAGCUGCUCUCUCACUUUGACCACUGACUGUCUUUAUCUGACCACAGAGGGAGGAAAACACACACACACAGCCCACCAGUCUCAGAUAAUAUAUUAUGUUGUGUUUGUUGUCUUUUUUUGUACAUUUUAAUAAUUCUUAAAAAAUAGUAA